ACCCUACUACCCUGAAACAAACGUUGUUCAUUCAAAUCCCGAGACAUACAAACUCAACCAACUGCCAACUGACUAGAAUCAGACAGUCGAGUGGCUAGACCUCCAUCCAUUGGACAUUACCGAACACCUGGAACCGUACCGAAAGAACAAGAAUCGAGCGCGAAGAAAUUAGAUUGAUUUACACUAGCUCGUGAAAAAGAUAUUGGAUAAUGGUCAUCCUUGGUAAGUCAAUAUGGUUUGACUUUUGCUUCACUUAAGACUAGACAUCUCUCGGUUAUUCUUAUAGCGUUACGGGUCUUUGCAAAGCCCUUAAACAUGAGUGCUAAAUUGCCUCUUGUAACGCAUUUAAAACGUAACGCUACUAACUCCUAGUUUCGAUUGUUAGUUUUUCUUGAUCUCAUGCUUGUCAUUUCUGGUUGCUGUCAGUUGCUUUCUUAAUUAAAAGCAUAUCUGUUUGGAAACCGAUAAAAUUGGAUAGCAAAUGACUGAAAAUUCACAUUCAUGUACCAGUCAUACAGUGUUUCAUCAGUCGACUUAUCAAGAUUUGAGUGAAAUGGAUUUUGAAAGAGGAAUUUGGGGUGCUUCCACACGUGGUGAUAUCGAUCGCGUUCGGAAAUUGUUGGACAAACGUAUUGAUGUAAAUAUACCAGACAAUUAUGGGUACACAGCUCUGCAUUACGCUGCUAGAAAUAACCAUGAAGAUAUUUGUAAGGUGUUACUAAAAGCCGGGGCUGAUAUUUUCGCCAAAACAAAAAAUGAUGGUGCCACACCUGCUCACCGAGCAGCAUAUGCAGGACACCUUAACAUUUUACAACUGCUUGUUAACAAAGGAGGUGCACCACUUUUAGAAUCAUGUGAUAACUAUGGUAGGAACUGCUUGCAUCACGCGUACCGAGGGGACCGAAGGAAUAUAGUAAAUUGGUUAUUGGAGAACUAUCCUAGUCUGUCUAAUACCAGAGAUAACAAUGGUCUUCUUCCCGACUCUGUUGGUCCAUCAGCUAUCGAAAUUCACUGUAAUGAAUUGAGUGCAUGACAUACGGCAGACAAACAAUUCAAAUUAAGAUUUUACUUUUUUAAAAUUCAAACCUGUUCUUGCUUAUAAGUGGUUCUGUUUAUGUUCAUUAGUAUGUACUUCAAAAUUAAUGCUUGAAUAAAAUUUGAGCCAAAAUUGCACUGUAGUUUACCAUUUUCUUG